AUGCUUGCAUCUCGUUCUCUCAUUCGCACACAAUGUCGUAGUUCAUCACACCCUCGUCACUCGUCCUCCUACGUCGAAAGCUCGUGGCAACACGCGAUCAGGACCAAAAAUGCUGAAGUCAACGCUCUGGUCUGCAUCGCUCCGGAACAGUCCAAGGUUACCACGAACGGCCCACUGCGCGAUGUAACUGUGGCCGUGAAGGACAACAUAUGCACAAAAGACAUGCCAACAAGCUGCUCGUCUGCUAUGCUCCGUGAAUUCACCUCUCCUUUCGACGCGACGUCGGUGCGGCUCUUGCGUGAUGCCGGAGCGACCAUUGUUGGAAAAGCAAACUGUGACGAGUUUGGUAUGGGAUCCCUGAACAUAUAUUCUAUUCAUGGGCCAGUUGUAAAUCCAUCCCGUCCCCCAGGAAGUUCUCAGAUACUCUCACAAGAGUCGGAGCGGCGUUCUGCUGGCGGUAGCUCUGGGGGCAGUGCUGCUGCUGUCGCUGCCGGGAUGUGCGAUGCCGCAAUUGCAACUGACACAGGAGGAUCUAUCAGACUUCCUGCCUCUUACUGUGGUGUUGUUGGUCUCAAACCUUCGUAUAGUAUGAUCAGCAGAUGGGGCGUAAUAUCUUAUGCAGAUAGCCUCGACUGCGUUGGCGUCAUUGGCAAAGAUAUCCAAUCAACGGAGAAAGUAUAUAACGCUCUAUCAUCCUUCGACCCCAAUGAUCCUACCGCCGCGCAGCCUGAGACACGAGAAGCCGCUGACAAGGCUUGUAAUGAACAUAUGGCUGAGUGGGCAUUAUCGGAUACACUGACUGGCCUCAGAAUUGGGAUUCCUCAGGAGUAUUUUCCAGUAUCUCUUAAUCCUUCGAUACUCUCUCCUUUCCGCCGCAUUCUUCGUUCUCUCAAAACGCGCGGUGCGACCUUGGUGCCUGUCUCGCUCAAAAACACGAGCUAUGCGCUCAGCACGUACUAUGCAAUCGCAAGCGCAGAAGCUAGUAGUAAUCUCGCGCGCUAUGAUGGCGUUCAGUAUGGUCUCCAUGUAGACCCUCCUCCGGGAUCAUCUACUCAUACGCCUGCCUUGACUUACGCCCACAGUCGCACUGCUGGUUUCGGAUCCGAGGUCAAAAAGCGCAUUUUACUCGGAACUUAUGCCCUUACUGCUGAUGCGUUCGAUAAUUACUUUCUCCAGGCUCAACGUCUGCGCAAGGCGAUCCGGCAAGAUUUCAAUCGCGUCUUCGUGGUGCCAGAUGCUUUGUCCUCUGCGCCUUCCCCGCCGCGAAAAGAUGAGGGCGUCCACGUCCUAUUACAUCCUUCGGCCAUCCGCACGGCACCUCCUCUUCCUUUAGCAGGAGCGGCAAAGGACGAUGGAGAGAGCCUUGAUACCUACUUGCAAGACGUACUCACCGUACCAGCAUCACUAGCAGGGCUUCCGGCCCUCAGUGUGCCUAUUUCGAGUACAAGCACCGAGGGAGACGGAUGGCCAAUCGGUCUAAGCGUUGUUGGACAAUGGGGGUGUGAAAAGAUGGUCCUAGAAGUUGGACGAUCUGUUGAGCAAACUAGAUAA